AUGUCCCAAGAUCUUGGUACAAGGAAAAUACUCCCACAAAGUGCACAAAUGCAGAACUUUUCAUUUGCGCCAGCAAACUAUGGUGGACCGAGGGAGAAUCAGAAAAACUAUGUCUUUGUUGACGAACAUAAUCGCCACAAGCGUUUGAAGGUGAUGCGAGCUUGUGAGGGAUGUCGAAGGAGAAAAAUCAAAUGUGAUGCCGCAACAACGAAUACCUGGCCAUGCUCCGCUUGUACAAGGCUCAAGUUAGGAUGUGUCCCUCCAACGGUGAACUACGAUCGCGAUUUUCAACAAAACAACCAAAGCUUUGAAGCAGAAGCGCCCCAGUAUGAUAAUGGAGGGAAUCCCGGUGACGGUUAUCAUCAACAAGUUCCGAUACAAGCGCAGAUGUCAGGGCCAUCAAAGGUGGUACCUCCGAUUUAUACACAGCAACCUCCAUACCCCGAUCCGAAUAAUAUGUACCAACCUAUUCCUUACGGGGGACCUUCGAGUGCACAUAGUCAACAGGCUAUGCACUAUAACAGUCUUCAGACUCCAGUCAGCGCGCUCAGCCAACAUACAGAAUAUUCACCACAAGCGGUAUAUCCUCCAGCAUCUCUUCAGCAGCAAACGCAUGAUUCACCGGAAAACUAUAAUCACAGCGAAUAUGGCGGGGAAGAUUUGGCUGAUUUACUGGGAGAGCUUAAGAUGAAUCCAGCAGGCACAGCUCCAUACCUGAAUAACAAGAACAAGGCCAGAAAUUUGGUUGAGGAACCAGCUUUUGAAGACAUUGAUGAAUACAAGAAUGCUUUGCCUCCAAUCACAAUAAGCGCAGAUAUGAAGAUCAGAAUUCCUCCAGAGUUGCUUCCAGACGAACAGACCAUCCUACAUUAUUUCGAAAUGUAUUUCACAAAUGUACAUCCAUAUGUACCAGUUCUUAACAAAUCUUUAUUUUAUCAACAGUGGCAUACUAAUCGAGAUGCCAUCUCCCCUCUGAUACUUGAGGCAAUUUUUGCAAUCGCCGGAAGACUUGUCGAUGAGCCAGCGCAGGGACAUCAAUGGCUCGCCCUUGCUUCAAAACAUGCUGAUGCUUUUAUGGAUGUUCCCCGAUUGAGCACUCUUCAAGCGAACCUGAUAAUACUUAAAGCUAGAGAAUCUGCCCCCAAACGUGGAUAUUACUAUCGUUCCUGGAUGACGGUAGUGGCGUGCGUCCAAAUGGCGAAGGAUUUAGGGCUGGACGAGCACUAUGAGGACCACAAGGCAGGUAGAACCUGUGGCUCUGAUCUGGCUGACUGCAUCACCAAAACCCGAAUAUGGCAAACAAUCUUCGUUUGUGAAUUGAUGAUUGGUUCCCCACAGGGUCGAACCGAUUUAGCGGUUGACAUGGAAACACUUGACUUGAGUGUGCACACUUCUGGAAUCGACAAUGGAGAACUCACCAUCACACGCAAUUUUACUUGGUUCACACGUGUUGUUCGUAAUGUUCGGAGGAUGAAUAAUGUAUACGCCAAGGUUAAGAAGAGAAAGGACUGGGGUAUCGAUCCAGAUUUCGUACAACUAAAUCCAUCUUUCGAGAGUUGGAUGAAUGAUCUGCCCGAAAGCUUGCAAAUUGACUUUCCAGCGGACGGAUCUCCCCCAUGGCUGCCUACCCAUUUCAUCGGCAAUCUUCACUCAUAUUAUUACCUAAGUAUCAUUAUGCUUCAUCGGCCACAACUCACUUUCAUGGAACCAGGCUUGGAUGGAUGGAAACACCAUAUGCUCAUAUGUUAUAAUUCUGCAAAACUCCUUUGCAGACUUCAAGAGAGCGUCUUACAGUCAUUUGGCUUGACCGGUCUAUUAUGCAUGCAGCGGGGCAUCAACUUCACUAUCUAUUGCGUCUUGACCUGUACAGUCCUGCAUUUGGUUGCAAUCACAUCUCCGGAUCCAGAUCUGAACUCGGACGCUAGAGAAUACUUCACCAGACAUAUGAGAAUCCUAGAAAAGUGUACUAGCUCAUGGCCCAUGCCAGACAUGCAGCAACAGAUUGAGUCACUCAGGCAAGCAUUUUCAGCUGACAUUAGGAAGCCUUUCGUUCUGAAACCAUCUUUCCCGUAUGGUAGCCCCGCAGUAGCAAACAAUCAUAGCCCUGCCAGAGGACAUGUUCAACAAUAUCGUCAAGGAAGCACCAGCAUGGAGAGUCAAAAUUUGGGACAUCAAAAUGCCCAACAGCAACAUGUCAGUUAUACAAGCCACCCCAUAUCACCACCCAUAUCAGCUGGGGGCGUGGACACGAAAAGUGACUCUCCUGCCGUACAGUCUCUGGUAAUGAUGGCCACUGGCCAAAGAGCCCAGAUGCCAAUCACUAGUGGGGUUUCAAUGGCAGAUCAAAUUCCAUGGAACCCGUCAAGAAUUUUUGACCAAUGGAACAGCACUUUCGGUACGCCUCCCGCUUCGAGCAGCUCUGCUUCUGAAACGACCCCUCCUCUAAAAAUUCCCUCUUCAGGUGCACAAGAACUCCCGACCCUCCCAGAAAUUCAAAUCCUCCCCAAUGUGAGCUUACCACCGGGGUCGCAACCCAUCCCUCCGCAGCAGUAUUCUGGGGCGCCUAUCCCUUCUUUUGUGAGCCCAAGUAUGUGGCAAGAAUCGGUGGCGAAUGUAUAUGAAAGUGGGAUCAAAAGACAUUGGGAUUACUCUGAUCCCAACGAAAUGGUGAAUCCGAUCGCGAAACGAAGGGGUACAUAUAUAAAUAUUCAUACACGAUUUUGGGGUGACAAAAGGCAAAAGGCAAAACUCAUCAAAGAUGAGGAGUUGCAUCAUUGGGCAGGAUCAUUCGAAGGGAUUGAAAGUAAGGACGGGAAGGAGGAAUUAGGCGCAAUGGUUGGAUGGAUGUAA